AUGAUCAUCUGUGGACCUUACAAAUUAUUACAACCUUCUUCCUACCUCAAAAACCUCUUCUUCCCAUUACUAGACUACAAUACAGAAGCCAUAUGCCAAGUUGUUCGAAAGAAUGGCAAGCUUUGUGGGGUUCCGAUCAAGAGAGAUAAAAGUUCCAGCACCAAAAACUUCCAUGAACAUCUGAGGAACGUCCACGGCCUUUACAAUUCGGCACUUGUGAAAAAAGCUGGGAAUUCACAGAUUGAUAUAGAGAAAUGGGCUAAGAAUUCCAAGUUCGUGCCAAAACUGAAUAAUGAUUCACUUAAGACUGCUCUUGUCUACUUCACUCCUCCCCCAGACCUACACAGCAUCCAGUCGGAGCCGCAAAAAGCUCUUUCCUGCCCCCAUCCUAUAAUGCACAACCACCUGGGUGUUUGGGUGGUUCCGGAGACACAUCCUGAGGACCGACACCCGGGUGGCACCACCCGUGAAAACACCCAGGACCCAUGCCUGGGUCCUAUGGGACAGACCAGGUCCUAA